GCGCGCGCGUGAGUUCCAUCUCAAGUGCUGAUGCGUGUGCCUGCGCGUAUGUGUGAUUAGCCAGCACGCAGCACUUCCCCAGGGUUGUGUUUCCUUUUUCCUGAGAUUUGGCGAAGGGUAAAGGGUCGGAGUCACAUGGAUACAAAGCAUUUGAUUAAUGUCCAAGUCACCGCUGUGGCUGCCGGAGCCACCUCCCCUCCAGCCCAGGCCGAGUGAGGCCAGAGCAGCGGGGCCGGGUGCGCAGGGACAGGCCGGAGCCCCCACUCCCGGGAUUUUCCUCUGCGGAGCCCCGCGCCCCCCGCGCCGGGAUUGCAGCCCGAUCCCCUCCUCUCCCCGCGCCCAGCCUCUCCCCAGCAUGUAAAGUCGUCUGUCUCUCCUCGGAGUUGGGGGAGGCGGCAACUUUCCUUUCUCGCCGCCGGGGGCCGGGCAGCAGCCGGCGCGCGGGUCAGCGCUCAGCACGGCUGGCAGCGCCGCGCACCGCCGCCGACCAUGAGCGAGGACAGCCGCGGGGACUGCCGCGCCGAGAGCGCCAAAGACCUGGAGAAGCAGCUUCGCCUGCGCGUGUGCGUGCUCAGCGAGCUCCAGAAGACCGAGCGCGACUAUGUGGGCACGCUGGAGUUCCUGGUGUCGGCAUUCUUACACCGAAUGAACCAGUGUGCAGCAUCAAAAGUUGACAAAAAUGUGACAGAAGAAACAGUGAAGAUGUUGUUCUCAAACAUUGAAGACAUCCUUGCAGUACAUAAAGAAUUCUUAAAAGUUGUGGAAGAAUGCUUACACCCUGAACCUAAUGCUCAACAAGAAGUGGGAAUCUGCUUUCUUCACUUUAAAGACAAGUUUCGUAUCUAUGAUGAAUAUUGUAGUAACCAUGAGAAGGCACAAAAAUUACUUCUUGAACUCAACAAAAUAAGAACAAUCCGGACAUUUCUUUUGAACUGCAUGCUGCUUGGAGGACGGAAGAACACAGAUGUUCCCUUGGAAGGAUAUUUAGUAACACCAAUACAAAGAAUAUGCAAGUACCCUCUCAUUUUGAAGGAGUUGCUGAAGCGGACUCCACGGAAACACCGUGACUACGCAGCAGUGAUGGAAGCUCUUCAAGCCAUGAAAGCUGUCUGUUCCAACAUAAAUGAGGCCAAGAGACAGAUGGAGAAGUUAGAAGUGUUAGAGGAAUGGCAGUCUCACAUUGAAGGCUGGGAGGGGUCCAACAUCACUGACACCUGCACUGAAAUGCUGAUGUGUGGAGUCUUACUGAAAAUUUCUUCUGGAAAUAUUCAAGAACGAGUGUUUUUCCUUUUUGAUAACCUUUUGGUGUACUGCAAAAGAAAACACAGACGGCUGAAGAACAGCAAGGCAUCUACAGAUGGACAUCGGUACCUUUUUCGUGGGCGGAUCAACACGGAGGUGAUGGAAGUGGAGAAUGUGGAUGAUGGCACUGCUGAUUUCCAUAGCAGCGGACACAUUGUUGUUAAUGGAUGGAAGAUACAUAACACAGCAAAAAAUAAAUGGUUUGUUUGUAUGGCAAAAACACCUGAAGAGAAGCAUGAAUGGUUUGAAGCUAUUUUGAAAGAAAGAGAACGGCGGAAAGGUUUAAAAUUAGGAAUGGAGCAGGACACCUGGGUCAUGAUCUCUGAACAGGGCGAGAAACUUUAUAAAAUGAUGUGCAGACAAGGAAAUCUGAUCAAAGACAGAAAAAGAAAACUGACUACGUUCCCUAAAUGCUUUCUUGGAAGCGAAUUUGUGUCAUGGCUGUUGGAAAUUGGAGAGAUUCACAGGCCUGAGGAAGGCGUACACUUGGGACAAGCAUUAUUGGAAAAUGGAAUCAUCCACCAUGUUACUGAUAAACAUCAAUUCAAACCAGAACAGAUGUUAUAUAGAUUUCGCUAUGAUGAUGGAACGUUUUAUCCCAGAAAUGAGAUGCAGGACGUGAUUUCAAAGGGUGUAAGAUUAUAUUGUCGUCUUCAUAGUCUCUUUACUCCAGUGAUAAGAGAUAAAGAUUACCAUUUAAGGACCUACAAAUCUGUGGUCAUGGCCAACAAACUAAUAGACUGGUUAAUUGCACAGGGAGAUUGCCGCACCAGAGAAGAGGCAAUGAUAUUUGGCGUUGGACUCUGUGACAAUGGAUUUAUGCAUCAUGUCCUUGAAAAAAGCGAAUUCAAAGAUGAACCUCUACUUUUCCGUUUUUUUUCGGAUGAGGAAAUGGAAGGAUCAAAUAUGAAACAUCGACUUAUGAAACAUGACUUAAAAGUUGUGGAAAAUGUUAUAGCUAAGUCAUUAUUGAUUAAAUCCAAUGAAGGCAGCUAUGGCUUUGGGCUAGAAGACAAAAAUAAAGUUCCAAUAAUCAAGUUGGUAGAAAAGGGAUCUAAUGCUGAGAUGGCUGGCAUGGAAGUUGGGAAAAAGAUUUUUGCCAUUAAUGGUGACCUAGUUUUUAUGAGGCCUUUCAACGAAGUGGAUUGCUUCCUGAAGUCAUGUUUAAACAGCAGAAAACCUCUAAGAGUUCUUGUGAGCACAAAGCCAAGAGAGACGGUGAAAAUUCCAGAUUCAGCUGACGGACUUGGCUUCCAGAUCCGAGGAUUUGGCCCUUCUGUUGUGCAUGCUGUAGGAAGAGGAACUGUGGCCGCCGCAGCUGGCCUUCACCCUGGACAGUGUAUUAUCAAGGUGAAUGGAAUCAAUGUCAGCAAAGAGACACAUGCCAGUGUCAUUGCACAUGUGACAGCCUGCAGGAAGUACAGGCGGCCAAUGAAGCAAGAUUCCAUACAGUGGGUUUAUAAUAGCAUUGAGAGUGCUCAAGAGGACCUUCAAAAAUCUCACUCCAAGCCCCCUGGAGAUGAAGCAGGGGAUGCUUUUGACUGUAAAGUAGAAGAGGUCAUUGACAAAUUCAACACUAUGGCCAUCAUUGAUGGGAAGAAGGAGCAUGUGAGUCUGACAGUGGACAAUGUCCACCUGGAAUAUGGUGUCGUGUAUGAAUAUGACAGCACAGCUGGCAUCAAGUGCAAUGUGGUGGAAAAGAUGAUUGAGCCCAAAGGUUUCUUCAGCCUAACUGCCAAGAUUCUUGAAGCCCUGGCUAAAACUGACGAGCAUUUUGUACAAAACUGCACCAGUCUAAAUUCUCUAAGUGAGGUGAUUCCUACUGACCUUCAGAGUAAAUUCAGUGCCCUUUGUAGUGAAAGAAUUGAACACAUUUGUCAGAGAAUAUCCAGUUAUAAAAAGUUUUCUCGUGUACUGAAGAAUAGAGCCUGGCCUACUUUUAAACAGGCCAAAUCUAAAAUCUCCCCACUGCACAGCAGUGAUUUCUGCCCUACCAACUGCCAUGUCAAUGUGAUGGAAGUUUCUUAUCCCAAAACAUCAACCUCUUUGGGAAGUGCAUUUGGUGUUCAGUUGGAUAGUAGGAAGCAUAAUUCUCAUGAUAAAGAAAACAAAUCUUCAGAGCAAGGGAAACUGAGUCCUAUGGUGUACAUUCAGCACACCAUCACAACCAUGGCAGCCCCUUCAGGUCUGUCUCUGGGGCAGCAGGAUGGCCAUGGUCUCAGGUAUCUGCUAAAAGAAGAAGACUUAGAAACCCAAGACAUCUACCAGAAGCUGCUGGGCAAACUUCAGACUGCACUGAAAGAGGUGGAGAUGUGUGUUUGUCAAAUAGAUGACCUUCUGUCUUCAAUAACAUAUUCUCCUAAAUUAGAACGUAAGACACAAGAGUGCGUAAUACCAACAGACAGUGACAAUGAGAAGGGAGAAAGAAACAGCAAACGAGUCUGUUUUAAUGUAGCAGGGGAUGAGCAGGAAGAUUCUGGUCAUGAUACCAUCAGCAACAGAGACUCUUACAGUGACUGCAACAGCAAUAGAAAUUCCAUCGCCUCCUUCACGAGCAUCUGCAGCAGCCAGUGCAGCUCGUAUUUCCACAGUGAUGAAAUGGACUCAGGUGAUGAACUUCCCCUAAGUGUUCGCAUUUCUCAUGAUAAACAGGACAAGAUACAUAGUUGCCUUGAGCAUCUUUUCAGCCAGGUGGAUUCAAUUACCAAUCUUCUAAAAGGGCAGGCUGUUGUGAGGGCCUUUGACCAAACCAAGUAUCUCACACCAGGCAGAGGAUUGCAAGAAUUUCAACAGGAAAUGGAACCAAAGCUGAGUUGUCCAAAAAGGUUACGACUUCAUAUCAAGCAAGAUCCUUGGAAUCUUCCCAGCAGCGUCCGGACUCUUGCUCAGAACAUCAGGAAAUUCGUUGAAGAAGUAAAGUGUAGAAUACUCCUGGCUCUUCUUGAAUAUUCAGAUAGUGACACACAGCUCCGCAGAGACAUGGUUUUCUGCCAGACUCUUGUGGCCACUGUCUGUGCCUUCUCUGAGCAGCUCAUGGCAGCCUUGAACCAGAUGUUUGACAACAGCAAGGAAAAUGAGAUGGAAACUUGGGAAGCCAGCAGAAGGUGGCUGGACCAGAUAGCGAAUGCAGGUGUUCUUUUUCACUUUCAGUCACUUCUGUCACCAAACUUGACAGAUGAACAAGCCAUGUUAGAAGAUACACUGGUUGCACUAUUUGAUUUGGAAAAGGUUUCCUUUUACUUUAAACCAUCAGAAGAGGAACCCCUGGUUGCAAAUGUUCCUCUUACAUAUCAAGCAGAAGGAAGUCGGCAAGCUCUGAAAGUUUACUUCUACAUUGAUAGUUAUCAUUUUGAACAACUUCCUGAACGGUUGAAAAAUGGAGGAGGAUUUAAAAUUCAUCCUGUUCUUUUUGCACAAGCACUGGAGAGCAUGGAAGGAUAUUAUUAUAGAGACAGUGUUUCUGUGGAAGAAUUUCAAGCUCAGAUAAAUGCAGCCUCACUGGAGAAGGUCAAGCAGUACAACCAGAAGCUCAGGGCAUUUUACUUGGACAAGUCAAAUUCACCACCAAAUUCCACAUCCAAAGCUGCCUAUGUAGAUAAGCUAAUGAGGCCUCUCAAUGCUUUGGAUGAACUUUACCGACUGGUAGCCUCGUUUAUCAGAUCCAAGCGCACAGCUGCCUGUGCAAACACAGCUUGCAGUGCCUCUGGGGUUGGACUGCUGUCAGUUUCCUCGGAGCUGUGCAGUAGGCUAGGAGCCUGCCACAUCAUCAUGUGCAGCAGCGGCGUGCAUCGGUGCACCCUGAGCGUGACGCUGGAGCAAGCGAUCAUUCUGGCCAGAAGCCAUGGACUGCCACCUCGCUAUAUCAUGCAGGCUACAGAUGUGAUGCGGAAGCAGGGAGCAAGAGUUCAGAAUACAGCGAAGAAUUUGGGAGUUAGAGACCGGACCCCACAGUCUGCACCAAGGCUGUACAAGCUGUGUGAGCCGCCUCCCCCAGCUGGAGAAGAAUGAAAAGAAAUCUCAAGAAACCAAGCAGUCAGAAGCUCCUGAAUGCUGGACUAGAUAACACUACAUGCUGGCUAAACAUUCUCCACUAAAGAUAAAUAAAUGCAUUUUUUUUUUCUCUAAAUCUCCCAUUGCAAACAAGUAGUGUUCAGUUUAUACAGAUAUUUAUGCUGGAAAUGGAUAGGAGUUCAGUCAGACAAUUUAGCUUCACAAAGUGAUGUUUCUCUGUAUUGACAUUAAGUAUUCACUUUUAGAGUAAAAUCCAUCCCUGGAACGUAAACAAAAAAAAAUAGAGAUUUCAAAAU